AUGUCGAUCCAGCAGGUCCUCGUCUGCGUGAUCCUGAUUGCAGUCCAGGGUGGCAGGCGGCUGUACGAGUGUAUGGUUUUCGCAAAGCUGUCCUCGUCGCAGAUGUGGGUCGCUUCUCUCCAAAACCCUCACGCUCGACGAUGUCCGGAUCACAACGGUCCCGUCCCUGAAAACGCUGGUCGGCCUGCCUCUGUUUCUAAUGGCGUCGGGAGUCCAGCACGACUGCCACCACUAUCUGGCAUCGCUGAAGAAAUACGCCGUUCCAUCGCAUCCGCUUUUCCUCCGGGUGUUAUGUCCUCACUACACGGCUGA